CACAAAACUCAAAACAGAAUAUAUCCAAUGGACUUGCACUCGCACAUAGAGCGAGUCCUAUGGGGACAGGACCAAAUCGCCCGCCGAGUCGCCGAGCUCGCCUGCGAAAUCUCGGCCGAUUUUGGCGCUGGCGAUUCGGCUCAUACUCCGCGUCCGCCACCUGUCCUGGUGGGCGUGGCCACCGGGGCCUUCCUCUUCCUGGCCGACCUGGUCAGGACCAUUGACCUGCCCAUCUCCGUCGAUUUCGUUCGCGCACAUUCCUACGGCUCCGGCACCCUCUCCAGUGGGGCUCCCGUACUCUCCCUCGACCUCAAAGUCGAUGUCAAGGGCAAGCACGUCAUUCUGGUUGAGGACAUUGUUGAUACGGGAAACACGUUGUCCUGCCUGAUUUCGCAUAUGGAAUCAAAGGGAGCAUCUUCUGUGUCAGUGUGUGCCUUCCUUGACAAGCCAGCAAGAAGGAAGGUCCAUUUUCAGCUAGUGGGCGAAGGAAAAUUUUACCGGGGGUUUGAGUCUCCAGAUUAUUUUGUAGUGGGUUAUGGAAUGGACUUCGCGGAAUUAUACAGGAACUUGCCCUAUGUUGGUGUGUUGAAACCUGAAUAUUACGAGUGAUUUUAUAGGUACCACAAAGUAUGCAAACUUUUGAGUCUCUGAUUAUUCUUACUCCACAAAAUGGAGGCGUAAUAAUAAUCUUACAUUUGUGAGAUUGGAGUUA